AUGUCAACACGUCAGAGUCGCCAACACGUUGACAACAGCAGUAAUACCAUUUCUCUUUCUUUCGACUUUGACUCAUCAUCAACACCAAGAUCCAAACUCGAGCUACCUCCCACUCUAGCAAAUUUUCUUGGAAUUUACGAGAAUGAUCAAGCAACUAUCCCUUCCUUGCUUGAAAGAAUUCUCUCUUCCGAAAGAUUGUCCGGAAUGAAAUUGGAAUUCCAAUUCCGAAAUGAAAUCAAUGAGUGUCACAUCCAACAGAGUGUCAAAUCAACAUCACCGCAACAAUCCUCUGCGGAGACAAGAACGCUUUCGCAAACGUCGCAGCAACCUGUUGGAAGAAGUGUCACAUCUUUGGCUUCUUUGAGAAAUUCCACUACUAGCUCGAAUACUACUAAUACUACUAAUACCAACACAUCCUCAACAUCCACUUCUGCUUACAACACUUCUCAACAUGGUGCUACACAAUCAAUGACACAAACAGAUGAGGAUUCACCAUUCCGAAGAGCUAGAGCAGUAUUUGAAAAUAUUCAAAGAAAUAACAAUGCAAGUGGCUCGCAAUCGUCGAAUACUAGCAACACGAAUCGUAGUAAUAGACAUCCUUAA